AUGAAUUUUGCACUGUGUCAAAUAUUUCCUCGAGAUGGUGAUGCGGACUCCGUCUGUUAUUUAGAUGUCACGGUUUGCAAGUUUAUGUCUAUGAAUGAUAAACUCGUCCUGAAUAAGAUCGAAUUAUUAGAUCGUAAUGAGGAAAUACCGUUGCAAGAAUUGGAAGUUUCCUUUCACAUUAAUGCUAAUAAUAUAUUAAACUUGACAUCACUGCCACGCACCUUCCUGAUUGAUAUGGCUCAGAAUUUGUUGCAGGCAUAUCAUUUGUGUACAACAUGCAUUGUUGUGGACACAGAGUUCCAACGGAUCGGGGUGGAUUAUAUUUCUAUUGAAAUAAGGAAUGUUUCGAAUUAUAGCCGAUUUAUUGUUACCGAGGAGACUAAAAUUACCGUUGCGAAUAUUUCGCUUGCAAAUUACGAUAAGGAUAGGAAUUUUGUUUGUUCUGAUGUGCCCACUUUUAACACAGUCCACAAACAACUGGACGACUUAAUGGAAAUUGCAAAAAUUCAAAAGGAGUCGAGUCGGAGUUCACAAAGAAUGAAUAUAAACGCAUUAGUUGUGGGCUCUGUUGGAUGUGGCAAGACAUUCUUAAUUGAAGAUUAUCUACAUCAACGCAUAUGUAAUGUUUUUCGAUUGAAAUCUUCAAAUCUAAUAAAACAAUAUCCCGGAGAGGCUGAAAUGGAACUAAGACAUUUCUUUAAGAGUGUUACAUUUUUUAACGAUAAUUUAUUUCCAUUGUUACCAACAGGUAUGAACGUAAUUCUUGUUGAAGACCUACACUUAUUAUGUCCGCACACAAAAAGUAAAGUAAAUAAUUCUGAAACAUCAACAAAUGCAAUGCGCCUGCUGACCCAGUUUUUAUCACUAUUAGACGAAUUGGGCCAAUCGAAAAGGGGUAUUUUAUGUCUGGCCACAACUCACAAUGCUGAAAAUUUAGAUGAUUUGGUCAAGCGGCCUGGUAGAUUUGACCAAGAAAUUCCCCUCUCAGCAUUGACAAUUGAGGAUCGCAGGCUAAUUCUUGAAAAACUUUUUAAUGCUAGUCUACCUGAUAAUAGUUUCCCAAUGCAUUUAUUGGAUUGGAUUUCUAAGCAGACACAGGGUUAUGUUCUCGCCGAUUUGGCCUUGUUUGUACGCAACGUUACACAUCUUAUUUUGACCAGAUCAAAUAUAUCCCAUGAAUGGAUUGCCGAGGAAUGUUUGAAAAAAUCAAAACCUGUAUCGGUUCGAGAAACCGAUGUCAGUGUUUGUAAAACAAAGGAGAGAUUUUCUAACAUUGGCGGUAUGGAGCAAUUGAAAAAGAUUUUGGACGUAACGGUUUUAGCUGGUCUAAAACAGGAGAAAUCUUUUCGUCGUUUUGGCUUGACAAUGCCGAAAGGGGUACUAUUGUAUGGACCACCGGGAUGUGCCAAAACUACGAUAGCCAAAUGUUUAGCCACCGAAGCAAAUAUGACUUUUAUUGCCACUUCGGGGGCAGAAGUUUAUUCACCGUAUGUGGGUUGUGCUGAAAAAUUCAUUGCAAAAAUGUUUGAUACCGCACGCAAAAAUUCUCCUUGUUUAAUAUUUCUGGAUGAAAUUGAUUCCCUGAUUGGUCGAAGAGCUGUAAAUGGUUCCUCGGGAGAUGUUCAGAUACGCAUUCUAUCGACAAUUCUAACGGAAAUGGAUGGCAUUGUAGGCUCAACAGAUGGUUUUAAUUCAAACAAUCAUAUAAUUGUUGUGGCCGCCACAAAUCGUCCAGAUAUGGUUGAUGAUGCCUUAAUUCGUCCUGGCCGCUUCGAUAAAUUAAUACAUGUACCAGCUCCGGAUUAUGAAUCGAGACGUUCAAUAUUGAUUUUAUAUCAGCAAAAAAUGCCAUUUGCCAAAGAUGUAGAUAUAAAUGAUAUUGCCAAAUUAACGCAGAAUUUUUCGGGUGCUGAUAUUUGUAAUCUGUGCAAUGAGGCGGCAAUUAAUGCAUUUCAACGAGAUUUCAAUACGAGCGAAAUAAAACAUGAAGAUUUUCUUCGUGUAAUGAAAACAUCACUGAAGUCGUCAUUGUCCCAAAGUCAAAUAGAUUGGUAUUAUGAAUUUGAAAAUAAAUUUCAAAGAUAA